ACGUAACGGUGUCGUCAUUAACAGUCGCCGUAGAUCCCGACGCGGAGGAAAACAAAACGUGAACUUACAGCAUGAAAAAUGAUAAACUGCGUUUAAAGCUGAGUUUAAUACUUUGCGGUGCCUUGAACCGUUUAACCGCUGGCAAACUCAACAAGAAGUGCGAAGUUCACGUUACCCCACGUUAACUAAAGGAGCUAACAACAAUUAGCCAAGUUGGCGCCGUUUGGGUGAAGAGGAUCAUCUACGUUAUAAACCAAUGGACCGAGGCACCGAUGAGCCGCUCGCUAGUAGCCCACAUGACUCUGCAGAUUCUGAUGACGAGCCAUUAAUAAAGAUAAAAACAGCCUUGGCAGCAAAGCCACCAGAGGGAAAAGAAAAGAAAUCACCCCGAUCUAAAGGCACUAAUAAGAAAAAAGAUGUGGACAUAGAUGAAUGUUCUGACAACGAACCUCUGAUUAAGCUCGUUAGAAAGUCCUGCAAGGCUACAAAAACACCUCCAAAAAAGUCUGUUAAUGAAAAGAAACAAGUUGUAGAUUCUGAUGCUUCUUCAGAUGAUAAACUGCUGGUAAAGACAAAAACUUCUGCACUGACCAAGAAGGCAGAGAAAAAGGAAACAAUAUCCAAAUCAAAUGGCACACAUAACCUGACCACAGAUAGUUCUGAUAAUGAGCCUCUGAUUAAGAUUGCCAGAUCUGCAGCUGCAAAGAAGUCGUCCUCAGUGACUCCAAGGGACUGUAUAGAUAAAAAGAAAAGGGAAUUAUCAGCUGACAGCGAUGAUUCAGAUGAUGAGCCUCUGAGUGAGCUUGCCAAGAAACUUAAAGCACAAAAGCAGAAAAAAGGUCCUGUUGUAUCGUCUGAAAAGGAAAUCUUGAAACCUAAAAGAAACAGAUCCAGAAAAAUAGUUAAAUAUGCAGAGUCUUCCAGUAACACCUCAGAUGAUGAACCACUGGCAACGAUUAAGAAGAAGUCAACAAAGACUGUGCAGGAGAAAAAAACUAGAGCAGACAACAAGACAAAAACAAAGUGCACAUACAGAUCAUCAGAAGUAGGCUCCCUAGAAAAAGGCUCAGAUGAUGACGUGCCACUAGUGAACCUUAUGAAGAAGAUGAAACCACUGAAGAAAAACACCAAGACAACAACUGUAUCACAACGCAGUGCUUCAAGAAAGAGACAAGUAGGAGUCUCUGAUGAAAGUUCUGAUGACGAACCCCUGAUUAAUCUAAUCAAAAAGAACCAAAUGGACGACCAGACGACAAGAAAAACAAAGGCUUCUGCUCCAAAAAAAAGGGAAACUCCUCCCAAAAAGCCAAUAAAGAUACCUGUGUCAGGUUUGUCAAGCAAUAAUUCAGUUGGUGAGGGUUUAAUCAAAUCUGCUAAACACCCACAAGUGACAAAAAUCAUCAGAAUAUUGCUGGAGAGGUGUGAUGAAGAUGCUGGGCCCACAGGAGACUUCAAUCAAACCAAAACAGAAGCACCUGCUGCAGAGCUGACAAAUGUAGAAACGGGUUCAGAACACUGUGCAUCAGAGGACGAAUAAGCAGAUAAAACGUCAAGUUGUAUUGUGAAUGUCCCUCAACCCCCUGGUAGAGACAAACGUCAGUGUUCACAUGGGACCUAUUUCUGUUUUAUACAUUAUGUGUUAAUUUAAGCUGACAGUAUUUUAUCAUCUUGGUCUGGUUUUUACCGUUGUGCUGUGUACUUUUGCUGUCAACUUUUUUUUAAGAUAAAUUGCAUCUGUGCCUUCGUUAUUCUUGUGUUAUUCUUGUGUGUGAUUAAAUGUUCAUUCAUUUUUCACAACUUUUGCUGCCUCACUGUGUUCCUGUUUAAACGCGCCUUCACUGAAGCCAAAUAAACCUGCAGCGGAAUCAGG